CUUCAGCACAAGACAUUCGUUUGCACCUCACCCUAUAUCCUAUCUUGGAUUUGGAAAGAAGACGCACAGGGAAGACCUGACACACGAUGCCACUUUCAAGCAGCUCCACGUCCUCUUCCAAGAGCAUCCACAGAGCAGCAUCCGAGCUGGAGAGGUCGGACUCCAUAACGUCACAAAGGUUCCUGGGAAGACGGCAAAGCCUGAUCGAUGACGCACGGAAGGAGCGCGAAGCCGCCGCUUCAGCAGCCGGGGUAGCAGAGGCAAGCGAGCAGAUUGUGUUCGAGGAAGACGACGGAAAAGCCCUCCUCAACCUCUUCUUCACUUUAGACAGCAACAAGACGCCUGUCCUAUCAAGGACUCUUAAAGUUUUUGAGACAUUUGAAGCAAAGAUCCAUCACUUGGAGACGCGGCCGUGCCGCAAGCCCAAAGACAGCCUUCACCUCUUGGAGUACUUUGUCCGCUGUGAGGUGCACCUCUCCGACGUCAGCACCCUCAUCAGCUCCAUCAAAAGAAAUGCAGAAAAUGUCAAGACCACCAAAGAAGUCAAAUUUCACUGGUUUCCAAAGAAAAUAGCAGAUUUGGAUAAAUGUCACCAUCUGGUCACCAAAUUUGAUCCAGACCUUGAUCAUGAUCAUCCUGGUUUCACAGACCCAGUCUACAGACAGAGGAGAAAAAUGAUUGCAGACAUUGCCUUUGGAUACAGACAUGGGGACCCAAUCCAAAGAGUGGAUUAUACCGAGGAGGAAAUUGGCACAUGGCGGGAAGUCUUCUCCACCCUGAGGGACUUGUACUCCACCCAUGCCUGCAGUGAAUACCUCGAGGCCUUCCGUCUGCUGGAAAGGCAUUGUGGGUACAGUCCAAACAACAUUCCUCAGCUGGAAGAUGUGUCCCGCUUCCUUAAAGAGCGCACUGGCUUUCAGCUGCGUCCAGUUGCAGGUUUGCUCUCAGCCAGAGAUUUCCUAGCCAGUUUGGCAUUCCGGGUGUUCCAGUGCACACAGUACAUUCGACACGCCUCCUCUCCUAUGCAUUCCCCAGAGCCCGACUGCAUCCAUGAACUUCUUGGCCACGUUCCCAUGUUGGCAGACCGCACAUUUGCACAAUUUUCCCAGAAUAUUGGCCUGGCAUCUCUAGGUGCUCCAGAUGAAAAUAUUGAGAAACUAUCCACGCUCUACUGGUUCACUGUGGAGUAUGGCUUGUGCAAACAAAAUGGUGAAGUAAGGGCUUACGGUGCUGGACUACUUUCCUCUUAUGGAGAGCUUGUGCACUCUCUUUCCGAUGAACCAGAGACCAGAGAGUUCUCUCCAGAAAUUGCAGCAGUGCAGCCCUACCAAGACCAAACAUACCAGCCAGUCUAUUUUGUAUCAGAGAGCUUUUCCGAUGCAAAGGAGAAAUUCAGGACAUACGUUGCUGGUAUCCACCGCCCCUUCUCAGUGAGGUUUGAUCCAUACACCAGCAGCAUCGAGGUCCUGGACAACCCCUUGAAGAUCCAAGGAGGCCUGGAAGGAGUAAAGGAUGAGCUGAAGAUGCUGACAGAUGCUCUCAGUGUUUUGUCCUGAGAAUGCACCAUUUCAGUGUGGGACAUUGUCCUUAUCUGCUGUUGUUUGCUUCCUCUCUGCUGUGUCAUCAUUGGCUCUGUACCUCCGCUUCGAUGCUGUUAAGAAUGAAUUAAUAUCUCUAUCAUUGUAGGCGGCAAAGACUACAACCACUAAAGCCUCAACGUCGGCAUUCGAGAUGAUGUUUCCAAAGAUGUUCAGUGCCUGUCUUGGUGUUAGAGCCAAUAGUGACCAUCCGAGCUUUCAAAGCAAUUGUGUCAUAAUGGUAGAUAAUUAGAAAUGAUUAUUUUAUAAUCAGAUUUAAACAUAAAUAUCUAAUUGAAGUACAGUUGUCCCUCCGCUAUACCGCGGUUCGAACAUCACUCCCUCGCUCAUCGCGGUUUCCCAAAGACAACUCUAUCUAUCUCUAUCUAGUAUUCUGGUCACUAGGCAUGAUUGAUAUUAAAUUGAUGAGACUUUACUUCACAUUACAUUACAUGAAAAAAAGUUCUAUACCCAUUCUAUGUGCAAGUGGAAUGGCCUCUUAUGGCAAGUGGAAUGGCCUCCUUCUUCCCCACUCCGUUUCAAACCCAUUCUUAAGUUUAGAGUAAUAAAAAUUGGAUAGGCUUACUAGUCAGCUUGGUAGCUUGAUAUACUAGCAUCUCUUGUGUCACCAGAGAUGUGGUGUAAACAAAGAAUAGUAGGAGUGUAAAGGUGACAAUAGGGGGGUUAUUUAAUGUCUUCAGGGCUCAAAUAAUGAUAAAUAGUGUAUUUAGAAGGUCAUAAACAGGUUUUUUUUGCUAUAGCUAGAAAAAGAUUUAAUUUAUUUAUAUCGAAUGCCACUUUGUGGAAAUUCACUUACGGGAACCAAUUAACCAUGAUAAACGAGGGGCGACUGUAGCUGGUAUUGUAGAUAUUAAUAUCUAAUUUAAAUUCAUCGAUAAGAAAAAUAAAUCGAAUAAAUAUAUGAUCAAGUGUACGUGAACUAUGUGUUUUGGCUAUUACCAAUUUAAAACAGUGCUUUAUGUAUUUUUGCCAUUUAUAUCGUGCUGUCUCAAUGUGUGAUUUAAAAAAAAUCAUUUCUUCCACGUUAUGAGCGUUUGUU